AUGCUCGCCCUGCAGUUCCGCCUUUGCUGCUUCGCCUCUGCUCGCCGUUAUUAUUCUUCUUUAUUUGCUGCUUCCAUUUGCUGCAGCAGCAGCAGCAGCAGAAUAUUCCCAAUCCAGCCGAGAAGUGAGGCCCUCUGCAGCAGCCGCAGCAGCAGCAGCAGCAACAGCAGCAGCAACAGCAGCAAAAAGAAAAGCCACGACGCGAAAAUGGGGGAAGACACUGCAGCAGCAACUACGGAUCCCCAGCAGCAGCAGCAGCAGCCGGAGCUGCAGGGGCAGGACGAGUCGGAGGUGCAGCAGCAGCUACAGCAGCAGCUGGAACAGCUGCAGCAGCAGCUGCAGCAGCAGCGGGCGGAAGCAGCAAGACUAAAUGAAACGGCUCGGGUUUUGCGGAAGCAGCACGAUGGGGGCCCCGAAGUUGCUGCUGCUGCUGCUGCAGUUGCUGCUGCUCGGGAGCGCGUGCAGCAGCUGGAGCAGCAGGAGCUGCUGCUGCAGCAGCAGCUGCAGCAGGAGGAAGUGCCGCACUUCAUCAAAUAUAAGCAGCAGUUUGAGAGGCUUUUAAAAAGAAGGUUUUUUGUUGUUCCUUCUUUCGAAAUCUACGGAGGGUCUGCAGGACUUUACGAUCUCGGACCUCCAGGCUGCGCACUGAAGAACGAAGUGGAAAACUUGUGGCGAUCCCAUUUUGUCCUUGAAGAAGAUAUGCUGGAGAUUUCGGGGACCUGCUUAACCCCCUACGCAGUCCUCAAGGCCUCCGGGCACGUGGACCGGUUCACGGACUUUAUGGUGGAGGACGAAGUGACAGGAGAAUGUUUUCGGGCGGACAAGUAUUUGGAAGAAGUGAUAGACAAGAGAAUAGAAGAGCUGCAGCAGCAGCAGCAGCAGCAGCAGGAGCAGCAGCAGCAGGUGCAGCGGGAGAUCGAGGAGCUCGAGCUGCUGCGGCGGCAGGCCGACGCCCUCUCGCAGCAGCAGCUGCAGCAGCACUUCAAAUCCUUGGCAGCAAAAUCUCCCGCGGGCAAUCCGCUCUCAGCUCCUUACCCCUUCAACCUCAUGUUUGCCUUGAACCUCGGGCCCAAACAGAGCAGCAGCAGCAGCAGCAGCAGCAGCAGCAGCAGCAGCGGCAGCAGCAGCAGCGGCAGCAGCAGCAACGGCGAGAACCGCAGCAGCGCCCAAGACCCCGCCAGCAGCCCGAAAGCCCCCAGCAGCAGCAAAGACAGCAGCAGCAGCAAAGACAGCAGCAGCAGCAGCAAAGACAGCAGCAGCAGCAGCAGCAGGAGCAGCAGGGGCUUCCUGCGUCCGGAAACUGCGCAGAGCAUGUUCGUGAACUUCCGGCGGCUGUACGAACAGAGCAGCAGCAAACUGCCGUUUGCUGCAGCACAAAUUGGAUUAGGGUUUAGAAAUGAAAUAUCCCCUCGCGGGGGUUUGCUGCGGACUCGGGAGUUUUGGAUGGCAGAAAUAGAGUAUUUCUGCCACCCGGAGAAGAAGCAGCAGCACGAGAAGUUUGCUGCAGUGCAGCAGCUGCUGCUGCCGCUGCUGCCGCAGCAGCAGCAGCUGCGCGGCGGCGGCGCGCUGCGCGCGCUGCCGCUCGCUGCUGCAGUGCAGCAGCAGCAAGUCGCCAACCAAACCCUCGCCUUCUUCCUCGCGAAAACCUUUUUGCUGCUGCUCAAACUUGGAAUCAAAAAACCCUUCAUUCGUUUCCGGCAGCACUUAAACUCUGAAAAGGCGCAUUACGCUGCGGACUGCUGGGACGCGGAGGUUUUCACCAGCAGCGGCUGGGUCGAAGUCGCGGGACACGCGGACCGCGCGGCUUAUGACCUGAGCCACCACGCAGCAGCUUCGCACGUGGACUUGACGGCUUCGGAAACCCUAAACCCUCCUUUGAAGGAAAACUUUUUAAAACCCUUUUUUGACAAAAAGUUAAUUGGAACAGUUUUCAAGAAGCAGCAAGCAGCAGUAAUAGCAGCAAUUGAGUGCAUGCAGGAGCAGCAGAAGCAGCAAAUGCAGCAGCAGCUCCUCGCCUCCGGCACCUACACCCUCACCCUCGACAGCAGCAGCAGCAGCAGCAGCAAGACGGACAGCUGCAGCGCCGACGCCGUCAGCAACAGCAGCAGCAACAGCAGCAGCAGCAGCAGCAGCAGCAGCGUGGUGGUGACGAAGGAAAUGGUGCGUUUUGAAGAGAGCAGCAGGACGGUGCACGAGCGUCGGUACACCCCAAGUGUGAUUGAACCUUCUUUCGGAAUCGGAAGAAUCAUUUAUUGCAUUUUAGAACAUUCUUUUUGUUCUCGAGAAAUAAAAGGACAAGAAGAAAGGGUUUUCAUGAACUUCCCCGCGCAAAUAGCUCCCAUAAAAGUGCUGCUGCUGCCGCUGGCGAGCCAGGAGCCGCUGCUGCUGCUGCUGCAGCAGCUGCGGCAGCAGCUGCUGCUGCUGCAGCUCAGCAGCAAAAUGGACUGCAGCAGCGCCUCCGUCGGCCGCCGCUACGCCCGCGCAGACGAACUCGGAAUCCCUUUUGCUGCAACAGCAGAUUUUGAAUCUUUAAAAGACUUUUCUGUCACAAUUCGAGAAAGAAAUAGCAUGCAGCAAGUCCGCAUGCAUGCAGACAAAGCCCCAAAAGUUCUCUUCAAACUCUGCAGGGGCCUCGCCACUUGGCAGCAAAUCCUCGACAAGUACCCCCUCGUCACUGUCCCGGAGGACUGA